AGCGAAGCUAUCCGUCCGCAUGGCCACAUCCAUGCAACUGGACGAUGUGGCCACGCGGCGGGCGGACCUACACGAGGAUUUUGAGCGCGCGGCACAGGGCCUGCCGCCGCGCGCUGUGGUGCGGCGGGAGGACCUGCCAGCAGCUACGGCUGCAACGCUUGGCGCCAUUAGGGACACCCUGGCGCGCCUUUGGCAGGAGGUACGCUGGGAACGGCGACACUUUGAGACGCUGUGGCGGUUGGCCAUCGACGCAGUGCGGCUGCCGGGAAAUUCGCAUAUGCCGUUGGCUCGCCGUGAGCCAUGCGGCUGUGGGCAGCACGGCCAUGGGGGCGCCGUGGCGGGGGCACACGUCGCCGCCGCGCCCACGCCACGGCAGCACCACUUCUGGGAUUGCGCGGUGGCGAAGGCCGUGGUGGCGCAGAUCAACGCACACAACCCCGGUCCGGCUCCCAUCAGCCAAGCCCAGCUGUGGCUGGUCCAGGCGCCGCCGGGCUUUCAGCAGUGUGUUUGGGACGUGGUGGUGAUGGCGGCGCUGGCCGCCACAGAACAUGGCCGGGUGCGGCUGCGCGGGAUGACGCGCGCCGCAGCGGCCCUGGAAAUUCAGACGGCGGCAGCAGCAGCUCCCGAGGCUGCGGUGGCAGGUGCAGUGGAGGCGGAACCCGAUCUUGACGAGAUCCCGCCCACACAGCUGACGCCGCCGCAGCCAGGCGUCCACCCCGUCGAGCUUGCGUGCGCUCGCGCAGUCGCGGACUUCUGGUCGCGGCUGAUGCAGUUCGCGCAGCUCGGCGUGCCCCAAAAGGGCUAGGAUGGUGUUGACGCCACCCACCCCAUCCUGGCGGUGGUGAACGGUGAAAUGCUGUGCGCGUUGCCGCAAGCUAUGGAGCUGGAGGCUUGAAAGGGAUCAGCCCUGAGGAGAAGCGCGUGAGCACUAACAUGAGCCACUGAAGCAGUGGCAUACGAGAGGGUCAGCGGGGGAGCUUAGUGGGCAGGCGAAGGGUUUCUUUGUUUUUGGGGCCAGGUUUGGGGGGUUUCUGCUUGUGAGGUUGUUUUGAGUGCUGCAGCACCCCGGGCCUUACGGCCUGGACCGGCCUAGUGGCCAGACGCGUUUGUGGCUGCCCUUAGGCAUAGUCUGCCCUGGCGUCGAGAGCUGGUUAGGUUGCGGUUGAGGUCGUGCAGGCUGCGGGGUCGCAGGACUCAGCCCCACAGCCACUGUGGUCGUGCUGUCGCGUGCUGUCGCGUGCUGUCGCGUGCUGUCGCGUGCUGCGUGUUGCGUGUUUUGUUAUGUUUGCUGUUUUUUGUUUUCUGCCCGCCUGGUCUUAAGAUGUAGCUCGCCCGCUGGGUCUGAGGUUGUUACACCGGUAGUAAUUCCGCAAGGGUUACUGGCGCGGUGAAGGGUCGGAGUGCGUUUCCCUGUGGACUCCAGAGCUGUUUUGCGCUCUGCUGGGGAAACGUGCAAGCCCUGUAGACCGAGCAUUACCGACGAUGCUUGUUGAAACGAAUGCGCACGUAUGACAGUCUGCAUGCGUUGUUACCCCAAGUCCCGCACAAAAACUUCCCGCACUGCUGACGGCACGUCUGGGCUGCGCAUUACCUGACUUGGCAAGUGUUGUGUGACCCAAUGACCCGCCUUUCCCGCAAAUGAACUUUCCGGCGGACGGCUAACGUUGGCGCUCCAUUAAUGCUGGUGACUGUGAUGUUGGGUGUUGGCAUGCCGGGCAUGUCGGUUCUUGCGUCGGCUUCUGGUGUUGCCUGCCGUUUGUGAGCCUUCGGGCUGAUUUCAGACUCCAGACCGUGCCAUCGGCACAGGUAGGUGGUUUGGGGCGUUGCCCCGUGUUGAGCCUUCGGGCUGGGACCAGAAUGUGCCUCCGGCACGCUCGCGAAUUUCGGGCGCUGCCCUGCAGAUGUGCCUUCGGGCUGGGACAUGCUGUGCCACCUGGCACCAGACACGAGCAGUGCUUUGCGGUUGAUAAGGCGUCGCCGGACUACAUGCCGGCGUACCUGCCGGUGUACCGUGCGGUGUACCUGGUUUAGCGUCGGGUGCUGUAGACAGCGCUUCAUGCGCAGACACGGGUUGCCACAUGUUGUGGGGCUUUGGCGGGCCUAGGCUUGGCUUCGACUCAUGAGUGUUGCGCCCGACACGCUUUAUGCGAAGACCUAUUGCACGGUUGUGGAAGGUCGGCAGCCAACUGGGGGGAGGGUGGUUUCCCUUCGGGCCGGAGAUGGUCCCUCUUGACC